AUGGCAUUUUGGCAGUUCCUUAGAAAACACAAGGACAAAGCUGUAGCUUCUCAACUACAAAAGCAGCGGCUCCUCCUACCACAUCUCCCAAAAGCCAGCUGGAAAGAUGUAAGAGCCAAUGCUGAGAUUUAUCAUGGGCAUGAGAUCUGCCAAGAGAAGUCACAGCUCAUGCUUAAGGAAAUGCUCUUGCCCGCUGGCCUCUUGCCUUUACAAAACAUAGAAGAAUAUGGGCAUGUCAAGGAAACUGGCUUUGUGUGGCUAAAGCAGAAGAAGAAGAUAACCCACAAGUUUGAGAAGAUUGGGAAGCUUGUGUCCUAUGAGCCUGUGGUCAUAGCUUAUGUUGAGACCAGUAGGAUCAAGAAGCUGACUGGUGUGAAGGCCAAGGAGCUCUUGAUUUGGAUCACACUGAUAGAUAUCUAUGUUGAUGACCCACCCACCGGAAAAAUCACCUUCAAGAGCACUGCUGGGCUGUCCCGAACCUUCUCAGUCUCGGCGUUUGAGCUUGAAGAGCCCAAGGAAUUGAAGGAAGUGAAGGAAGCCAACAGAGUUGUGGCUGAGGCACAGGAGGUGAAUGAGGUUUAA